AUGGGUUGCCCGGUGAACAUUGGUGCCAUGAAGAUCUUGUUACCAGGUGACAGUAUUAAGAUGACAUGGAACAUUCAGGAGUGUCCAACUUUGUCUGACUACUACAUCCAAAAGGAGUCCACCCUUCAUCUGGUGUUGAGACUUCAUGGUGGUGCUAAGAAAAGGAAGAAGAAGUCUUACACUACCCCCAAGAAGAACAAGCAUAAAAGGAAGAAUGUGAAGCUGACUGUACUCAAGUACUAUAAGGUGGAUAAAAAUGGGAAAAUUAGUCGUCUUUGUCGGGAGUGUCCUUCUGAUGAAUGUGAUGCUGGAGUUUUCAUGGCCAGCCACUUUGACAGACAUUAUUGUGGCAAGUGCUGUCUGACUUACUGCAUCAACAAGCCGGAAGACAAGUAG